AUGAUGGAAAGAAUAAGAAAAGAGAUGAUUCUGAUGGAGAGGGGGCUGCACAGCCCCACGACGGGCAAGCGGUUCUCCAAUUUAUCCGAUUCGGCUGGCAAUGCUGUGCUCGAGGCCCUGGAAAAUUCGCAGCACCCGGCUCGCCUCAGCCCGCGCCUGCCGUCCGCCCCCCUGCACGGCGCUCUGGGAGACCUCCCUGCCAAGGGCAAAUUCGAAAUAGACACUUUGUUCAACCUGCAGCACCCGGGCAGCGAAAGCACCGUCUCCUCCGAAAUCUCGUCCGCCGCCGAAGGCCGUAAAAAGCCGGGUCAUUAUUCAGAGGCGGCCGCCGAGGCGGACAUGAGCAGCGACGUGGAGGUGGGCUGCUCGGCGCUGCGCUCCCCUGGCGGCCUUGCUGCCGCGCCGCUCAAGGAAAACAAUGGCAAAGGGUACUCGGAGAGCGGCUCCGCCGCGGGCACCACGACGUCUGCGUCGGGCUCCGGCCUUGGCAGCCUGCAUGGAGGCGGCGGCAGCGGCAGCGGCGGCGGCGGCGGCGGCGGCGGGGGCGCGUCGCUGGGCGGCUCCGGCUCUGGCGCGGAUCAGGUGCGGCGCUACCGCACGGCGUUCACCCGCGAACAGAUCGCGCGCCUGGAGAAAGAGUUCUACAGGGAGAACUAUGUGUCGCGGCCCCGCCGGUGUGAGCUGGCCGCUGCGCUCAACCUGCCCGAAACCACCAUCAAGGUGUGGUUCCAGAACCGGCGCAUGAAGGACAAGCGGCAGCGCCUGGCUAUGUCGUGGCCGCACCCGGCCGACCCCAGCUUCUACACCUACAUGAUGACGCACGCGGCCGCCACCGGAAGCCUGCCCUACCCCUUCCACUCGCACGUGCCGCUGCACUAUUACCCGCACGUGGGUGUCACGGCUGCGGCCGCGGCGGCUGCGGCCUCCGGCGCAGCGGCCGCGGCCUCGUCGCCCUUCGCCACUUCCAUCCGCCCGCUGGACACCUUCCGUGCCCUCUCGCACCCCUACUCCCGGCCGGAGCUGCUGUGCAGCUUCCGCCACCCGGGCCUCUACCAGACGCCCGCGGCCGCCGCGGGGCUCAACAGCGCGGCCUCGGCCGCCGCGGCUGCAGCAGCUGCGGCGGCUGCGGCCUCCUCGGCCGCGGCGGCCGGGGCGCCCCCCAGCGGCGGCUCCGCGCCCUGCUCGUGCCUCAGUUGCCACAGCAGUCAAUCCGCCGCGGCGGCCGCAGCAGCGGCCGCGGCGGCCCUGGGCUCCCGGGGUGGCGGCGGCGGCGGCGGCGGGGGUGGCGGCGGCGGCGGCGCGGGGGCCGCCGGCGGCUCGGACUUCGGUUGCAGCGCCGCGGCUCCUCGCUCCGAGAGCGGCUUCCUGCCCUACUCAGCCGCCGUCCUUAGCAAGACCGCCGUGAGCCCGCCGGACCAGAGGGACGAGGCACCGCUCACCAGAUAACUACGUCGCCGCCGCCAGGGGGCCGUGCCCGGGGGUCCCCUGAGCGCCCCCGCGCCCUCCGCGCGCCUACGUGCCCUCUGCGCGCUGCCCGCUGCCAAAGCUGCCGCCAGGGGGCGCCCCGGCGCGGGAGGCCGAAGGGAACUUGCCCCGACCCAAUUGGGGGAAAGAGCCGUGCAAAAAACCCGGCGGUGUGCCCUCAAA